UUCAAAUGUUCAGGCCAAGAUCUCAGGCCUGAAGGAGCGACGGAGGGGCCGGGUUGUUUUCUUUUUCUCCGCGGACGAGAGCUUCUGUGCGGUGCAGGGAGUACCUCGGAAGCUGAGGCGGCUGGUACCUGACGGAGAGGAUGGCGCUGUCGACUACAGUCUCCCAGAAGAAGCAGAUAAGGCGUAAGGCUCCUCGCGGCUUUCUAAGGCGCAUCUUCAAGCGACAGAAGCCUCACCUUCGUCUGGAGACAAGUGGCGACUUACUGGUGCACCUGAACUGUUUACUGUUUGUUCAUCGAUUAGCGGAAGAGUCCAGGACAAAUGCCUGUGAGAAUAAGUGUGGAGUCAUUAAAAAUGAGCAUGUACUGGCUGCAGCAAAGGUAAUUCUAAAGAAGAGCAGAGGUUAGAAGUCAAAGAACACAUUUUUGAAAAUUCUAUGAUGUAUUAUUAAAGAGCUUAGGAAAGCUCUUUUUACAUAUCAGUUAAUAGUGUAUAUUAUUAAAAUAUUGGCUGUUUGAGGGGUGUGUGCAUUUGUAUAUUUUUUUACUGGUAUUGAAAUAUCUCAAGAAUGGUAAAUAUCUCAGAACUAUAUAACUUUUUUUGAGGAAUUAUGUGUCAUUCAU